ACCUCACUCCCCGUAUGGGGGGGGGAAGAAGGGAAGAGGAGGAGGAGGAGGAGGAAGAGGAACCAAGAUGGCGGAGGCUUCCCCACAGCCGGGACGGUAUUUCUGCCACUGCUGCUCGGCCGAGAUCGCGCCGCGCUUGCCGGAUUACAUUUGUCCAAGGUGCGAAUCUGGUUUUAUCGAAGAGCUGCCUGAAGAACCUAGGAAUGUCGAAAAUGGGUCUGGCUCUUCUGCGUCAACCAGCGACCAGAGCAGACAUCCCUUCGAGAAUGUGGAUCAGCACUUAUUCACCCUGCCGCAGGGCUACGGCCAGUUUGCCUUUGGGAUCAUCGACGACAGCUUUGAGUUUCCAGCCUUUGGGUCCAACGCGCAACCAGAAGACAACAGGGACGCCGAGAACCGGCGAGAGCGGGAGCACCAGUCUCGGCACAGAUACGGCGCCCGGCAGCCACGGGCCCGUUUCACCACCCGGCGGGCCGCUGGCAGGCAUGAAGGGGUCCCCACGCUAGAAGGAAUCAUCCAGCAACUGGUCAACGGGAUAAUCGCACCGACCACAAUACCGAAUCUUGGAGUCGGGCCCUGGGGAGUCUUGCAUUCAAAUCCCAUGGACUACGCUUGGGGCGCCAACGGCUUGGAUGCCAUUAUUACUCAGCUACUGAACCAGUUUGAAAACACCGGCCCUCCUCCUGCAGAUAAAGAGAAGAUCCAGGCCCUCCCAACUAUUCACAUAACAGAAGAACACGUAGGUUCUGGGCUGGAGUGUCCCGUGUGUAAGGAAGACUAUGAACCUGGCGAGAGCGUGCGGCAGCUACCUUGCAACCACCUGUUCCACGACGGCUGCAUAGUCCCCUGGCUAGAACAGCACGACACUUGCCCCGUGUGCCGGAAAAGCUUAAGUGGACAGAACACAGCCACAAACCCGCCCGGACUGUCGGCGAUGAAUUUUGCGUCGUCGUCCUCUUCGUCGUCGUCUUCCUCGUCCUCCAGUUCACCAAGUAAUGAAAACUCUGCAAACAACUCAUGAAUCUUUUAAAAGCAAUGUCGCCCCUCUCAUGCUUUUUUCUAAUGUCAUAGCCCUUCCUCGCUUCCCCCCACCAGCACCGGGGGAAAUGGGGGGGGUGCAGGGUGUCCCCAGAGAAGAGCAAAGGGGGGAGAAUGGAAACCUCUCAUACUUUCCCCGUGAAUCAUAAUGUCAGCAAGACCCUCUUCGCUUCCUCCCGGGUACUUGGUAUUAAAUAUCCCGUUCCCUUAAGGAUGGGGAGGUGAGCGAGGCCCAUUCUUUUAAAAAGGCGUGCUGCUGUGUGGACUCUUAAAACCAGCCAAACAGCGCUGCAAAAAGCGGCAGGGAUUGGAACAUGCAAAGCACUGAACUGAGAGGUCAGAAUUCCAAAGGGGCGUUCAAAACUUGUUUGUGUAUUUUUAUUUUAUCUUCUUUUUUUAUUUUCACCAUUAUUUUCCAGCCUCCCUCCCUCAGUUCUUUUAAGCUUUGAUGUUUCUAAGCCUCGAACAUGGAAAUGUAAGAUAUAUCCUCUUUCCCUCCCCCCCCCUUGCAGAUUUUUUUUACAUUGGGAGGGGUUAAUGAAGCUUUUUAGUUAGCUGCCUCUGGAAAAGAAAAAGAGGGUGGGGGACACACGUGAUCCUACAAUGGGACACCAUUUCCUAACCCUGUUGAGUACCCCCUUUUCUCCCCCUCCCUCUUCUGUUUAACACCGCCCUUUUUGGCAAUUCGACACCGAAACCGGGGUUUUUAUAAUUUUAAAUUAUUACUGCUGUUAAAUAAAUGGACAUUUCAGCUGAA